AUGGAUAUUCUGUACCAUCUUGGGAAAGCUAAUAUGGUAGCCGAUGCCCUUAGUCGUAAAUCCAUGAGUAGCUUGUCAUAUGUGCCGCCAGAGAAAAGAGAAAUGGUCUGUGAAGUUCAUCAAUUAGCUAGCCUCGGAGUUCGAUUGAUAGAUUCAGGUAAGGCAGGAGUUACUGCGCAAGACAUAGUAGUGUCAUCUUUGGUGGUAGAGAUUAAGGAGCAUCAGUAUGAGGAUCCUCCAUUAUCUCCGAUAGGGGAACACAAUUCACAGCCAAUUUCUGUAAGUCUUUUCAAAAGGGAUUGGGGUUUGCAGAUGGCUCUUUACGAGGCCUUAUAUUGGCGGAGAUGUAGGUCGCCCAUAGGGUUGUUUUAUUUCGGGGAGAAUCAGUUAGUAGGCCCAGACUUAAUUCAGCAGGCAGUUGAUAAGGUGCAAGUGAUUCGAGAAAAAUUGCUAACAGCUCAGAGUCGACAGAAAUCCUAUGCUAAUAAUCGGCGACGCAAGCUAGAGUUUGAGAUAGGCGAUUGGGUCUUCCUGAAAGUUUCAUCUAUGAAGGGAGUGAUGAGGUUUGGCAAGAAAGGUAAGUUGAACCCUCGAUAUAUUAGGCCAUAUAAGAUCAUUCGUACUGUGGGCACGGUGGCAUAUGAGCUAGAAUUGCCUUCUGAGUUGGAGUCUGUAAAUCUAGUAUUUCAUGUAUCUAUGCUUUGUAAAUGUAUCGGAGAUCCUUCAAAAGUGGUACCCAUGGAUGAUAUCCAGGUGAUCGAGCAGUUAUCAUACGAAGAAGUUCCAGUUUCUAUAUUGGACAGACAGGUUGCUGUGUGCAGGACGGAUUAG